AGAUAAACCACACUCGGGUGAAGCAUUCCUGCUGCACGAGGAGAAGGUUCUGAGUGUUGACCUGCAGCUGAAGAUGAGUCACAGGGCAGCAGAAGUGGCCGGGCUGUUCAACCCCAUCAGACGUUCCUCGUCAAACUCACAAGGAUUGAUGAAGAUGCUGCAGGGCUGAGAUCCAGAAGAAGUUGCAGGACGGUUGACAGAUCUAACGACACGAUGGAUUUAAUCAAAUAUUUCAGCUUGUUUUUCAUCGCUCUAAGCCGACACGUUUCCUCCCAGAUUGAACCCCGCGCCCAUGCUGAGGAGCGGCUGCUGCAGAACCUGUUUGCACGUUACAACAAGCUCUCGCGGCCUGUGCAGAACACUUCGGACACUGUGCUAGUCCACUUCGGACUGUCCAUUGCACAGCUGAUUGAUGUGGAUGAGAAGAACCAGAUGAUGACUACAAACGUCUGGCUCAAGCAAGAAUGGAAUGACUACAAACUCCGCUGGAACCCAGAGGACUACGAAAAUGUCACCUCCAUCCGCAUCCCCUCAGAGAUCAUCUGGAGGCCUGACAUUGUCCUCUACAACAACGCUGAUGGAGACUUUGCCGUGACUCACCUCACCAAAGCUCAUCUGUUCUAUGACGGACAGAUAAAGUGGAUGCCUCCGGCCAUUUACAAGUCUUCAUGUAGUAUAGAUGUCACGUUUUUCCCCUUUGACCAGCAAAGCUGCAAGAUGAAGUUUGGCUCUUGGACGUACGAUCGGGCGAAAAUAGAUCUGAUCAGCAUGGCCAGCGACGUGGAUCAGAUGGACUACUGGGAGAGCGGCGAGUGGGUCAUUGUCAACGCAGUGGGCAAGUACAACACAAAAAAGUACGAGUGCUGCGCUGAAAUCUACGCAGACAUCACCUACUACUUCAUCAUCCGGAGGCUCCCCCUCUUCUACACCAUCAACCUGAUCAUCCCCUGUCUGCUCAUCUCCUGCUUGACGGUGCUUGUUUUCUAUUUGCCGUCGCAGUGCGGCGAGAAGAUAACUUUGUGCAUCUCAGUCUUGCUGUCCCUAACGGUGUUCCUUCUGCUGAUAACGGAGAUCAUCCCCUCCACGUCUCUGGUGAUCCCGCUGAUCGGUGAAUACCUGCUGUUCACGAUGGUGUUUGUCACGCUUUCCAUCAUCAUCACCAUCUUUGUGCUGAACGUGCACCACCGAUCGCCACAGACGCACGGCAUGCCUCACUGGGUGCGAAGGGUCUUCCUGGAUCUGGUACCUCGGGUUCUGUUCAUGAAACGGCCGCCUGGCACGGCGAAGCAGCACUGCAAGAGGCUCAUUGAGAUGAUGCACUGUCCAACCACAAUAUCGGCCACGGGGAACUCGCAGUCCUUUUGGACCGGGCUGGACUCGGAGCUGAGACAGAUGACACAAGUUCACAACAGCCUCCCAAAGGUGGACAGUCCAAGAAUCCUGGUGUGCUCCCCGUCUCCCUCUUCUUCUCCUGUUGAUGACUGCAGCGAUGAAGAUCAUCCACUGAAAGCCGACAUCUUCUGCCAGACCCCGUCUGGUCAGUACUCCCCUCUCCUGGAGCAUCAAGCCCUGUGCAGACACAUCUCCACCACCCACUCCGCUCCUCAGUUGUCCAUGCCGCUGGGCCCGUUUCCCUGCCUCUCCAGGGAGCAUCCCAGCCCGCUGGCCCGAAACGGUCGCUCCCUGAGUGUGGAGCAAAUGUGCGGGAAGCAGGGGCAGCCGCCUCAGAGAUCAGCACAUCGGUGUCGCUCGCAGAGCUUCCAGUACUGCUGUCUGCAUAAUGACGGGGCGGCGGGCUUCACGGGCCAAACCAACAAAACACCCGAACAGCUGACAGAAACUCUGGCGGCUGAGUUUGCUAAAGAUGCAAGCACCCAGCUGGACAAUAUGGCUCCUAUAGUUUCCCCAGCGAUGCAGCGCGCCAUCGAGGGGGUGCAGUACAUCGCCGAUCAUCUCAGGGCGGGAGACGCAGACUUUUCAGUGAAGGAGGACUGGAAGUACGUCGCCAUGGUCAUUGACCGGAUCUUCCUCUGGAUGUUUGUGCUGGUGUGCAUUCUGGGAUCAGUGGGACUCUUCCUUCCUCCUUGGUUGGCUGGAAUGAUCUAGACACUCUGGAACAUGAACUCUGACAAAAGGACCUUUAUUUUGUUUAAAAAAGUUCCAUUAUUGUUGUGUUUCUGUUUUUUUAAAGAUACUAAAGUGUUUUGUUGUUUACUCAAACUCAUGUUAGCAAAAGGUUAGCUGUGGAGAAGCAACAUGACAAAUCAAUCUGAAAUUCUGCGGUUGUAUAAAUUCUUUAUUAGGGCAAAAGGCCAACAAAGAAAACAUCUCGUCCUGCCAAUCCACUUUCACCUGCAAGACUAUUAAAAAAAAAAAGAAAUGACCAACAGAAAAGUAUAAAAAAUGCUGCAGAUAAAGAUUCAAAGCAGUUUGGAUCCACUCUCUACAUUCCAGCACUGCAGCAAAGAUAACAACGAAAUGCUUUCACCAAAUAUUAAUAAGCUUAUGUUCAUUAAAUAUUCAUAUUUCCA